ACAAGCUUCCUGUAGCGUAUUUUUCUCUGGUUUGCUAACUUCUUCAAAGUUAUGCAGAAGAGGAGACACAGUGGACUAACUAGACUUUCCUGUGCCUGAAUCAGGUUUUGAUUUCCAUAAAUUGUAGAGGAAGGUCCCCUGUGUAUUCAGAUGUCUCCCAGGUCAAGUCUGCCUUCUUGUAGAGGGAAUUUUGGAAUCAGAUGGUAGUUUUUAAGCAGUAUCUGGGCUUAUUUUGUGCUCCAUUCUCUGGGCUGUAAACAUAAUUGUGGUGUUCCUGUGUGAGCUUCAGGCUGCAUGAUGAAGAAGCCAGAUCUGAAGGUGGUCCUGCUAGGGGACAUGAACGUAGGGAAAACCUCCCUCCUGCACAGAUACAUGGAGAGGAGGUUUCAGGACACGGUGAGCACUGUCGGGGGAGCUUUCUACCUCAAACAGUGGGGACCCUACAACAUCUCUAUCUGGGACACUGCAGGACGGGAACAGUUUCAUGGCUUGGGCUCCAUGUACUGCCGGUCGGCUUCUGCAGUGAUCCUGACAUAUGAUGUAACCAACAUGCAGAGCCUAAUGGAACUUGAAGAUCGAUUCCUCAGCCUCACAGACACCGCAAGUGAUGACUGUUUGUUUGCUGUGGUUGGAAAUAAAAUAGACCUCACCGGUGAUUAUGUAUUAGAGAGUGAAAAAGAGGGAGAAAGGCCUCGCGGCUCCCGAGCAUCUAUUAAGGUCCGCAAACAAGUUAAUCUAGAAGAUGCUAUCGCCCUUUACAAAAGGAUAAUAAAAUACAAAAUGAUAGAUGAAAAGGAUGUGCCUGCAGCAGAGAAGAUGUGUUUUGAAACCAGCGCCAUGACAGGAUACAAUGUUGAUACUCUUUUUGAAGAGGUUUUUAACAUGGUUGUCCCAUUAAUACUGAAGAAGAAAUCUAAUGGACCACAGGAAACUGUAAACCUUGCUCAAGACAAUCAUAGUAAAAAGGGGAAAAGUGGUUGUUGUUAAUGAUUAAACAUUAACCUUUUUAGUGGUAUACUGUCAUAGGAUUCAGAAGUGAUUGGUUUGCCUGUAAUUUAUGCAGGCUUUGGCCUUUAUUUCACUUCAACAGACCACAGGAAAUGGAUAUGAUUCAUCCUACCAUAAGAUCAGAUACUAUGUAUUUGCUUGUUCUUGCACAAACCUUUUGAAGAUGUGAACAUUUUAACACAAAAGUUAAGGAUUUUUUUAUUAUUUUUUUUGUCAACCUCAAAAUAAUUUCCCUAAAGAAAGAAAAAGUGUUUUUUGCUCCCUUUUACACUUAAAUGUACACAUUUCUACAGUUCAUUCUUCUAAGACUGUGCUUGCCAAUGCUUCUAAAAAUUUAUUUCUGAAUCAUUCUUCAUAUUUUUAUAUACAAACACACUUUUCUGACUCCUAAAUGUGUGCGACUGGCUCCUCUCUUUUCUUGCUGGAUUCUAAACAUGAAAUUAAUAUUUUCACCGCUGAUCUUGGUGUUUCUGAACUCCAAACCUUCUUUAACUGUAACAGGGCAUAUCUUUGCCUACUUUGUAUAGGAGACAUGGAAAACGUUUUUUUUUUUUUUUUUCUUCCAACAAACGGAAGUUUUAGUAGUUUAUACAUUGUAUACUCCUAAUCUUUCUUUUCAGCGAGGCUUGGUCAUGUAGAGCAAUGUUAGAGAUAUUCCCAUUCCCCAAAGAACUUUAAUACUGUCAUGUGAGUUGUGCAUUAACAGGCUUUUGCUGCUGAAUGUUCUUAAUUCUUUUUUCUCUCCAUACAGUUGUAAACAUGUUCAGUUGUGAACUUGUGUCCACAUCACAGAAAAUUAGUUUUUUCUGCCUCUCAAUAAUAGUGUUAUAUGACAAUUAAAACCUAGCCUUUAGGUUUAAUUAAAAUCUGAGACUGUCAAUUAAUAUAAUAUUGUACAUCACAAAUGCUCUACUAGUAACGUUCUUGGCUUUUUCUCUUUUCAUAGACCUUUGUAUAAGGGAUCUGUUUACACUUAUGUCAAGAUUUUUACUGUUUUUUUGUUUUCUAUUUGUAAAGCCAAUACUACUGUACUGCUUUGAAAGAAGAUGCAAAAAAAAAAAAAAAAUAAUUAAAGGGGAGACUUUUUUUCCUAAAAAGGAAGUGCACAAUUAAAGGAACAUUAUGGAGUCAAUUCUUUUUGUGGAGAUUAAAUUUGAGUGUCCUAAUUUGGUGAUAGAAUGGAGAAUAUAUCUUUUUAACACAGUUCAAUUUUUUUAGCUUUAUUUUACUAUGCUAAAUACAUUAGUGAAAUAAAACUCUCCUUGAUUUUUUUUUUAAUUAUUGUUUUCCUGCUUUUUCUCUGUCUACAUUUUUGUUUUUAACUGAUUUUUUCUUGUGGAGAUUAUUUUUGUUUUCUAAAUUACAUUUAUAAACUAAAUAAUUGUAAAAAUUAAUUUGUUACUGUUUAUCAUUAAAAUAUUUAUCUUAAUAGCUGUAGCAAUGAUUAAAUCUAAUAUUAAAGUUGUAAA